AUGCGUUACACUAGGCGAAAGCACCUGGCUCACCUCCGCCCUUCCCACCCUCCGCCUCUCUCACCCUCCGCCUCUCUCACCCUCCGCCUCUCUCACCCUCCGCCUCUCACACCCUCCGCCUCUCUCGCCUCCGCCUCUCUCUACCUCCGCCUCUCUCACCUCCGCCUCUCUCACCUCCGCCUCUCUCACCCUUCGCCCCUCUCACCUCCGCCUCUCUCUACCUCCGCCUCUCUCUACCUCCGCCUCUCUCACCCUCCGCCUCUCUCACCCUCCGCCUCUCUCACCCUCCGCCUCUCUCACCUCCGCCUCUCUCACCUCCGCCUCUCUCACCCUCCGCCUCUCUCACCUCCGCCUCUCUCUACCUCCGCCUCUCUGGGCCUCCGCCUCUCUCACCCUCCGCCUCUCUGGGCCUCCGCCUCUCUCACCCUCCGCCUCUCUCACCUCCGCCUCUCUCACCUCCGCCUCUCUCACCCUCCGCCUCUCUCUACCUCCGCCUCUCUCACCUCCGCCUCUCUCACCUCCGCCUCUCUCACCCUCCGCAUCUCUCACAUCCGCCUCUCUCACCUCCGCCUCUCUCACCCUCCGCCUCUCUCACCUCCGCCUCUCUCUACCUCCGCCUCUCUGGGCCUCCGCCUCUCUCACCCUCCGCCUCUCUCACCCUCCACCUCUCUCACCCUCCGCCUCUCUCACCUCCGCCUCUCUCACCCUCGGCCUCUCUCACCCUCCGCGUCUCUCACCCUCCGCCAAUCCCCCUCCCCCAUUGAUGCCCUUGUCAUUCUCCAAUCCCCCUCACCCAUUGAUGCCCUUGUCAUUCUCCAAUCCCCCUCACCCAUCGAUGCCCUUGUCAUUCUCCCUUGA